AUGUCCACAUCCACGUCUUCCUCUACGAAGCCUUCGGCGUUGACUUUUGAGCUGAAAGCGCGAUGUUCGACGUCCAAAGCCCGUGCCUCGACCCUAUGCCUCCCUCAUGGCCCCGUCGACCUGCCCAUAUUCAUGCCGGUCGCAACACAGGCGUCCCUCAAGGGCUUGACGCCCGAACAACUGGAAGAGACGAGCUGUAGGCUAUGUUUGAACAACACCUAUCAUCUAGGCCUGAAGCCGGGGCAGGCGGUGCUUGACGCCAUUGGUGGUGCUCACAAAUUACAAGGAUGGGAUCACAAUAUCCUGACUGACAGUGGUGGAUUUCAGAUGGUUUCUUUACUCAAAUUAGCAAGAAUUACCGAGGAGGGAGUACGAUUCCUCAGUCCGCAUGACGGCAGUCCAAUGCUGCUCACGCCUGAACACUCCAUGUCGUUGCAGAACUCCAUAGGGUCAGACAUCAUGAUGCAGCUGGACGAUGUCAUUCAGACCACCUCGCCAGAUCAUGCUCGCAUGAAAGAAGCCAUGGAGCGGUCGGUCAGAUGGCUUGAUCGGUGCAUAGCCGCCCACAAGUACCCGGAGAAGCAGAACCUAUUCUGCAUCAUUCAGGGCGGCUUGGACCUUGAUAUGAGGAGAAAGUGUUGCGAGGAGAUGGUCAAGAGAGAUACUCCGGGUAUAGCAAUAGGCGGGCUUUCUGGAGGAGAGGCCAAAGCGGACUUCUGCAAAGUGGUCGACACUUGCACCGACCUCCUUCCUGAAGAGAAGCCGAGAUAUGUGAUGGGGAUUGGCUAUCCGGAGGACAUCGUUGUUGCUGUCGCACUUGGAGCGGAUAUGUUUGACUGCGUUUGGCCAACGCGCACUGCCCGCUUUGGCAAUGCCAUCACAUCCCGAGGCGUGCUGAAUUUAAAGCAUUCCCGCUACGCUGAAGACUUUGGCCCAGUGGAAGAAGGUUGCACUUGUACCUGCUGCCGCUCAAAGGAGGACGGCGGGCUGGGUAUUUCGAGAGCGUACAUCUACCACUUAGCAGCCAAGGAGACUGUCGGAGCCCAUCUAUUGACCAUGCACAAUGUACACCAUCUUCUCUCUCUGAUGCGGGGGGCACGAAAUGCUAUCCUCGAGGAUCGGUAUCCUGACUUUGCACGGACAUUUUUCGCCAACUAUUUUGGGGCCAAAGGUACCCCAGACUGGGCGGUGGAAGCAUUACGUGGAGUCGGAAUCGAACUAUGA